AUGGCAUCAAGUCCGAAAUUCGACCCUUUCAACAUCAUCUCGGCAACCUAUAAAUCAGUCUCCCAGCAUGAUAUCGCCGUCAAUGUCCUAGUCCCCAAAAACAUCACAUAUCCGGGCAAAUAUCCCGUCAUCAUUCGCUUUCAUGGAGGUGGUUUUGUAACAGGAUCAAGUCUGUUUCCAGACUGGUUUCCGAGAUGGCAGGCAGAAUUAGCCCUGCAGCAUAAAGCUAUCAUCGUGUUACCCAAUUACCGUUUCCUGCCUGACUCCACCGGCAUGGAUAUCAUGGAAGACAUCGAUGAUCUGUGGACCUGGGUCACGUCCAGAUUAACAGACACUUUGCGUGAUCAUUCCACCGGAAUUGAGCCAGAUUUGUCCAGAAUAAUUACUGCAGGUGAAAGUGCAGGUGAGCCACCCCACCCCUUCGCUCCUGUCUCAUAUUCCAAUGAUACGAACAUCAAAAUAGGCGGCUACCUCAGCGUGCAACUUUCUCUCAACUACCCCAACGCCAUCAAAGGCUGUAUCUCCGAAUUCCCUUGCAUUGAUCUGAAAUCUGCAGCGUUCACAGCGCAGCAUGCAAACCCACGCGCACCCCCUUCUUUAGUCCGAGACUAUCUCGCAAACAAGGAAGACAAGAAAUCUAUCCUGUCCUCUGACAUCACCAUCUCCCGAUUCCUGUACGCGUUUUCCAUGAUGGACAAUUCGAUGUUUCUGGAGUUUUUCGGGACCGACGAGAAACUGUUUCCCUUUGACAGGGUGUCUCGUGGGGCGAAGAUCCCGCCGUUGUUUAUCAUUCACGGACUGGAUGAUGACAUUGUACCGGUUCAGGGAAGUCAGGAUUUCAUAGCAUUGCUACAGGAAAAGCAGCCUUCUGCUAAAGUGCAUCUGUCUUUAUCUCCUGGUGGUCAUGGAUUGCAUGAACAGUGGAGUCAGCAUCAUGAUGCGAUCAAAGAGGGGUUGAAGUUGGUUACGCGCGCUUGGCUGGGAUAG